CAUCCAGCCUCCACCGGACACACUCACACACGAGAGAACAUGCAGGCAGAGGAAUACACACGCAGAGGUAAGGAGAUGGUGGACUAUAUAAGUAAUUACCUGACUGAAAUCCGCACAAGGCGGGUGGUCCCUGAUGUCCAGCCAGGCUUUUUGCGCCCCCUGCUGCCCUCUGAUGCUCCCUGUGAACCAGAGCCGUGGGAGAACAUCCUGCAGGACGUGGAGAACAUCAUAAUGCCUGGGGUGGUACACUGGCAGUCGCCCCACAUGCACGCGUAUUUUCCUGCUCUGAACUCAUGGCCAUCUCUGCUGGGCGACAUGCUGGCAGAUGCCAUCAACUGCCUCGGCUUCACCUGGGCUUCGAGUCCUGCCUGUACAGAGCUGGAGAUGUGUGUGAUGGACUGGCUGUGUAAAGCACUUGGGUUGCCAGAUCAUUUUCUACACCAUCACCCAGAAAGCCGUGGAGGUGGAAUCUUGCAGAGUACAGUGAGUGAGUGCACAUUGGUUGCACUUCUAGCUGCCAGGAAAGAUAAAAUUCUGCAGAUGAAAAGCACAGACCCAGCAGCGGAAACACACACAGACGCAUUCAUCAACGACACACACUCAGACAUGGACGAGUCCAUCUUAAACUCCAGACUCAUCGCCUACGCUUCUGACCAGGCUCACUCUUCAGUAGAGAAGGCUGGGCUGAUCUCUUUGGUAAAGAUCCGGUUUUUGGAGACGGAUGAGAGGUUCUCGUUGCGCGGGGAGACGCUGCAAAGAGCCAUUCAGGAGGACAGGAGGAGGGGCCUGCUGCCUAUCAUGCUGUGUGCUACACUGGGCUCAACAGGUGUGUGUUCCUUCGACUGUCUGGAUGAGCUGGGGCCAAUAUGUGCGCGUGAGGGUCUCUGGCUGCAUGUGGAUGCAGCGUAUGCAGGCUCCGCCCUCCUGUGCCCUGAGCUGAGGUACUUCAUGUCUGGAAUGGAGUUCGCCGACUCGUUCGUCUUCAAUCCAUCAAAGUGGAUGAUGGUUCACUUCGACUGCACUGCGUUCUGGGUUAAAGACAAGUUUAGGCUUCAGCAGACGUUCAGUGUGGAUCCUCUGUACCUCAGACAUGAUAACUCAGGAGCUACAGACUUUAUGCACUGGCAGAUUCCUCUGAGUCGUCGUUUUCGGUCUUUAAAGUUGUGGUUUGUGAUGCGCUCAUUCGGCCUGAAGAACCUACAGGCUCACAUCAGACAUGGAGUGGAAAUGGCGAAGCUGUUUGAGUCUCUGGUCAGAAGUGACUCUAAUUUUCAGAUUCCAGCAGAGAGAAACCUUGGACUGGUGGUCUUCUGUCUUGUGGGUGGGAACGCGCUAACCCAGGAGCUCCUAAGGAGGCUCACUCAGUCAGGCACCAUGUUCCUGAUCCCAGCCGCCGUGGGCACCAAGCUGAUCAUCCGCUUCACUGUCACGUCUCAGUUCACCCAACCGCAGGACAUCCAGCGGGACUGGAGCAUCAUCCAGCGCACUGCCGCUGAGCUGAUCAAGCCCGGGUUCAGCCCCCGCCCGCUGUCCCUGUCCCUCAGCACCGACACAGAGGCCUCCGAGGACGAACAGGAGACGCUGUGGCAGGAGCAGGAGGUGGAAAAGCUCAACGAUCAAUCGGCUGAGGGCAGGAUAAGGCUGGAACCAAUGAUUGACAAGCAUUUAGUGCGUCAGGGCCAGAGAAGAGCCACGCGUUCCAUGAGCUGCAGUGCAGAACUGCCACCCACCAGGCCUGACUCCGCCCACAACCUGAGGGAAGCCCCGCCCCCCGGCACCCUGGAGCAGAUCCCAGAGAGCCCGGUGCCCACUGAAGGUCGCAGGGGGCAGAAACGUCUGCUGAAGUUCCACAGCGUGCCCAGCCUGUGGCAGUGCGCCAUGCAGCAGAUCUACAGGCCCCUGCACUGGAGCUCCAGCAGGGCCAGCUACUUCACCUGCUGCACACUCACACAGAAAUAACACACACACACACUCUCUUACACACUUAUACAGUAAGCUAUGUCACUUGCUUUGUGCGUAAGCUGCAGACACACUAACUUGUUGCCAGCUAUUUUAAAAUGAAUUUCAGUGGAGCUGCGAGCAGAAUGAGUAGAAUUAAAGCAUUUUAUUUAAUUUGAUGAUUGCUAGCUUUCAAUGCUUUAAAAAAAUUUAACAGCUCAGUUAUACAGGGGUUGGACAAUGAAACUGAAACACCUGGUUUUAGAGCACAGUAAUUUAUUGUGGUGACGGACAGUUCUGGUGGAAACAGGAGAGUUGAGGUGCACAUUGAAUUCUGCCGUGAUUUGAUCAGCCGUGGUUUUAUGUUUUUUGGAUACAAUCCGGGUUAGCACCCGAACAUCCCUUUCAGACAGCUUCCUCUUACAGCAUCCACAGUUAAUCCUGUUGGAUGUGGUUGGUUCUUCUUGGUGGUAUGCUGCCAUUACCCAGGAUACCGUGGCUCUUGAUGCAUCACAAAAACUUGCUGUUUUGGUCACAGAUGCGGCAGCAAGACGUGCACCAACAAUUUGUCCUCUUUUAAACUCGUCUAAUUGAACCUUCACACUGCUCUUACUGGUGCAAUGUGCAAUUAAUGAAGAUUAGCCAGGCUGCUCCAAUUGAGCCAUGAAACCUCCCACACUAAAAUGACAAGUGUUUCAGUUUCAUUGUCCAACCCCCUGUAUGCAAAUAACGCAAACCUAUGCAAGCGCUGUUUCAGUUCUUGCAGUAUUCUCUUGACACAGCAUAGAAACACUCUUGGAAAAGUACGAAAAUAGUACAAAAAGCCCAGUUUUUGGUCAAUUUAGGCAUGUGCAUCCUCUGGCCAGUUGCAAUAUAAAAGUAUAGGUUGUCAAAUAUAAACAUAAGUUACGCUCUUCAACUGUUUAUUAUUUAAGCCUUAAUAAGUUUAGCUGUUUUAAA